GUGGUUGUGUUGUGGUUCCGUUCCGUGGCUGUCUUUGUUUAUCAUCGUCUAAUAUCGUCGUUAAAAAGCUCUUAAAUUGGCAGCCAUGGCGGUUCUUCAUCCUUCUUCUUCCUCCUCCUCUAGAUCUCAUCCUUUCCUCUCCCAUGUCUAUCACACUAGCUUCCAUCAUCAUCACCAUCAUCACCAUCAUCAUCCUUCGCUUGUGCUCUUCUGGUGCCUCGUGUUUUCUUUGUUAUCUCCUCUCGCUCUCUCCUCUUCAUCUUCGUCUUCUUCUUCUACUUCCUCUACGUCGUCAUCGUCGUCUUCACAACUCUCUCUUGGAAUCGGUGAAACAGAAGGGACUAAGCAUGAUCUGCAUCAGACGAUCCUAAGGGACGAAGCUGUAGCAAGGUUACACGAGCUUGGACAGGUGAGUGAUGCAGUUGCCCAUCUAGAAAGGACUUUUAUGAGUCCAGCAUCAAUAAGAGCGAUAGAUCUUAUCCGUGGAUGGAUGGAAGAUGCUGGUUUAUCAACAUGGGUUGAUUACAUGGGAAAUGUACAUGGUCGAGUGGAACCAAAUAAUGGAAGCUCACAGGCUCUUCUAAUUGGUUCCCAUAUGGACACUGUGAUCGAUGCUGGUAAAUAUGAUGGCUCAUUAGGCAUCAUUUCUGCAAUCUCUGCAUUGAAGGUUCUGAAAACAAAUGGGAGAUUGAAAGAACUAAAGCGGCCUGUUGAGGUGUUUGCGUUUAGUGAUGAGGAAGGAGUGAGAUUUCAGUCUACAUUCCUAGGCAGUGCUGCUUUAGCUGGAAUCAUGCCAGUUUCUCGGUUGGAGGUUACUGAUAAAAGUGGUAUUUCUGUGCAAGAUGCUCUGAAAGAGAACUCCAUUGACAUAACAGAGGAAAACUUAAUGCAGCUGAAGUAUGACCCCGCAUCUGUUUGGGGAUAUGUAGAGGUUCACAUUGAGCAAGGGCCGGUGCUUGAAUGGGUUGGUUAUCCGUUAGGAGUAGUAAAAGGAAUUGCAGGACAGACAAGACUCAAGGUUACUGUAAAAGGUUCUCAAGGACAUGCUGGAACAGUUCCAAUGUCACUGCGUCAGGACCCUAUGACUGGUGCCGCAGAGCUGAUUGUACUAUUGGAAAGCGUUUGCAAAAACCCUAAAGAUUACUUAUCUUGCAAUGGUCAAUGCAACGAUGACACAAUUGAAUCCCUUGCUAAUUCACUUGUUUGUACUGUUGGAGAGAUCUCAACAUGGCCAAGUGCUAGCAAUGUCAUCCCAGGCCAGGUAACUUUCACUGUGGAUUUACGUACGAUAGAUGAUGUAGGACGCAAGGCUAUUCUCCAUGACUUAUCAACUAGGAUGUACCAGAUAUGUGACAAAAGAUCGCUUUUGUGCUCCAUUGAACGCAAGCACGAUGCAGACGCAGUAAUGUCAGACCCACAUUUGAGUUCACAGCUGAAAUCAGCAGCUCAGAGUGCACUUAAGAAAAUGACAGGAGAGGUUCAAGACGAGGUCCCCGUGCUAAUGAGUGGAGCAGGACAUGAUGCUAUGGCUAUGGCUCACUUAACUAAGGUGGGAAUGUUGUUUGUCCGGUGUCGUGGAGGAAUAAGUCAUUCUCCGGCAGAGCAUGUGUUGGAUGACGAUGUUGGUGCAGCCGUUCGACAGGAAAUGGCGGCGAACGGUACCGGAAACGGUAACGGUAACAGUAAUGGCGAUUUCUCAUUGAAAGAGACAUGUCCCAAUAUCGGAAAUGGUGGUGGUAACGGAGGCGAGAAGCUGACAUCAUCAUUCGAUCUCGUGGAAGCGAUGCAUUUCCUCUACGCUAGAAUCGUCCGUGCUCGAGCCUUACCAGGGAAUAUCUUAGAAGUGGUCGUACGAAACAGAGAUAACGCAAACGAAGACGAUAUUGUCGGGAAAUGUAGGUUCGAUGUAGCGGAGAUUCCGACACGUGUUCCUCCUGAUAGUCCGUUGGCUCCUCAAUGGUAUAGAUUGGAAGAUAGAAACGGUGUCAAGAUCGGAGGAGAGAUUAUGUUAUCUGUUUGGAUUGGGACACAAGCUGAUGAAGUUUUCUCGGAGGCUUGGCAUUCGGAUUCGGCUACGGUUACCGGAGAAAACGUGGUGAACACGCGAUCUAAAGUUUAUCUUUCACCGAGGCUUUGGUACUUGCGAGUUAAUGUAAUUGAAGCUCAGGAUUUGGUUCCGUUGCAUCAGAACCGGAUCAAUCCAGAGAUUCUGAUUAAAGGGUUUCUUGGAAACGUUGUUGUGAGGAGUCGGAUUUCGCAGACGAAGAGUGUGAAUCCUGUGUGGAAUGAGGAUAUGAUGUUUGUAGCGGUUGAGCCGUUUGAAGAUAGUUUGAUACUUAGCGUGGAAGAUAAGGUAGGGCCGAGAGAAGAGUGUUUAGGAAGGUGUGAGAUAAAGUUAUCUCAGGUUGAGAGAAGGGUGAUUCCUGGUCCAGUGCCGGCAUUGUGGUACAACGUUGAACACAUUGGUGAGACUGGAGAAGUGAGGAGAUUCGCUGGGAGGAUUCAUUUGCGGGUUUCUUUAGACGGAGGUUAUCAUGUUCUUGAUGAAUCGAUUCAGUAUAGCAGUGAUUACAGAGCUUCGGCUAAGCUUCUAUGGACUCCAGUUAUUGGUGUGUUAGAGCUAGGAGUGUUAAAUGCUACGGGUUUAAUGCCGAUGAAGUCAAGAGAUGGUCGAGGAACUACCGAUGCGUAUUGUGUGGCGAAAUACGGAACAAAAUGGGUGAGAACGAGGACGAUUGUGGACACUUUCGAUCCAAAGUGGAACGAGCAGUAUACUUGGGAAGUCUAUGAUCCUUACACAGUGAUAACAAUCGGCGUCUUCGAUAAUCUGAAUUUGUUUGGUGCGGGUAACCAAAACCGUUUGAUCAACGAUUCAAGGAUUGGGAAGAUCAGGAUACGUUUAUCGACCCUUGUAACCUCGAAGAUCUACACACAUUCUUAUCCUUUAGUGGUUUUAAAACCAGACGGGGUUAAGAAAAUGGGUGAGAUUCAGCUCGCGGUUAGGUUCACCGCGACAUCUAUGAUCGAUAUGCUUCAGAAAUACACAGAGCCGUUGCUUCCAGAAAUGCAUUACAUAUCUCCAUUGUCUAUUUACCAAUUAGACAGCCUUAGACACCAAGCGACUCACAUUCUUUGCAUAAAGCUAGGGCGCAACGAGCCAGCACUUGGAAGAGAUGUUGUAGAGUAUAUGCUUGAUGUGGGAUCAAACAUUUGGAGUCUAAGAAGAGGAAGAGCAAAUUUCGAACGUCUUGUCUCGUUUUUCGAUGGCUGGAUGGAUGCAUGGAGAUGGUUUGAUGAGAUUUGCAAAUGGAAAAGUCCCGUGACGACGGUUUUAAUACAUAUUGUCUCUUGUUCAUUGUUUUCCUUCCCUAAGUACUGUGUUUUCUCGAUGCUACUGUACUGCUUCGUGUUUGGGUUAUACAGGUUCGGUUUGAGACCGAGACAUCCUCCACACAUGGAUAUAAAGCUGUCUAAAGCUGAUUCAGCUUUGCCCGAUGAGCUAGACGAGGAGUUUGAUGUGUUUCCAAGCGCAAAAUCCGGUGAUAUACUGAAGAAAAGGUAUGAUAGGUUGCGUGGGAUCGCAGGGAGGAUGAUGAUUGUGCUGGGAGAUUUGGCUACACAAGGAGAAAGAGUAAAAAGUUUGCUGAGUUGGAGAGAUCCAAGAGCAACGUCUUUGUUCUUGGCGUUCUGUUUUGUUAGCUGUGGAGUGAUUUGUUUCGUCUCCAUGAAGUUACUGCUCACUGUUCUUGCGUUCUACGUCAUGAGACAUCCUAGGGUUAGGGUUUUCGAUAUACCUUCUAUUCCUCAGAAUUUUUUCAGGAGACUACCAUCAAGAGCUGAUAGCAUCUUGUGAGUGUGGAAUUGUCUGAUCUAUCAUUGUUUUUAGUAUUAUUUGUAUGACUUUAAAAUGAAUUCCAGAAACUAUUUGUCUUCUCUUUUCUGAGUGUUCUGAGUUCUGACAUAUGGCAUUAACAGUGACCUUGAAUCUAACAAAAUUUUGCCUACUAG